ACCACGUGUGACAAGGAGGAGGGGAGGGAUAAAAAUUCAUGAUAUUCACGUCAAGUAAUUUGUAGACUACCCCUAAAUAUGGAACUCGGCAACCGUAUGAGUGACAUUAACACAUUAACAGUCUUCGUUAUUCACUUGUCUCUGUUAUUAUUAUCGGUUUUUGUUGCCACAAAUUAAAAAUAGGUCGCUAGUUUGUGAUGAAAUUUCCCCAAAUAAAAGCCUAUAUAUAGAACAUGCUUCCGUAUUAAAAAUAACAGCCUUACACAUGAAUAGCUAUGGUGUACGUUACGAGUAGACUUGUAUUAUUGGCUUUGAUAUCCACCAUAUGGGAGGUAUCGGAAUGCGGGUACGUACGCCGCGUCAGGCCCUGCGAGCCACUGCCACGCGUCACACCACGUGUUGUCUACCCCAACCGAAGAGAGCAUGCGCUUGAAAACAUCAUCUCGAAAUUGAUACACGCAUUAGCGGUCACCAAUAUUGAGAGUGGGAAAGGAGGGUCUACAAGGGCUGGAGGUGCAGGCAACGGAGGUGGAAUUAAGGGUGUAGGAGGAAGUAUAGGAGGCGGUAUUGGAGGCGGUAUUGGAGGAGGCGUAGGAGGUGGCAUAGGAGGCGGUAUUGGAGGAGGCGUAGGAGGUGGCAUAGGAGACGGGAUAGGAGGCGGUAUUGGAGGAGGCGUAGGAGGUGGCAUAGGAGAGGGGAUAGGAGGCAGUAUUGGAGGAGGCGUAGGAGGUGGCAUAGGAGGGGGCAUGGGUGGUAUCGGUGGGGGAAUUGGAGGUGGUAUUGCUGAAUCAGGUAGCGGAUCUGACGAUGGAUCCAAUAGCGGAUCUGCUGGUGGACCCGAAGUAGGUGACAGUGGGAGUGAGACAGGUGAUGGUAACGAUGGAACUGAUGAAUCCAGUUCUCCUAUUACGUUGGCAUCGCUACUAGAUAUUGAUAUAACUGCGCUUGAUGAGACGCUGCUGGACUUAGAAGUGCUGCCUGAGAGCAUUGUGAGCGACGACGACUUAUUACAGUCAUUGUUGACAUUAAAUCUUGGUCCACUCUUAGCGGCCUCUUAGUCAUCUAAAUGUGCACUUGUGCAGUCAGCAGGAUAAGUAGCUAAGCAGGCAGACUGAUAUCAUAAUGCUAUCUCCUUUACCCUUUUUAAGAAUAACCCAGAGUGAAAGAGAUGGCAUUAAGGCCUGCCUCGCCACUUAGUUUUGCAGCAAGUAUAACAAUAAUGUUGAACGUUGGAAGAGUUUUUUAAAGUCAGACCAAGAUAAGUUGGCAGCGAUUUUGACUUUACGACCUGACGUGACGUGUCGACAGCACGUCACGGGUUAAGUAAUAAUUUCAUAGAAGUUUGACGUUUAAAAAACACGUGCACCGUCUGGGCUAUUAAAAUCGCUGCCAACUUAUAUUGGUCGGACUCUAGUCGAUUCUGUAUCAUUAAACUUGUGCCUUUUGUGCUCUAAUGUAAUUGUACGAUAUUUUAAGUAUCCGACAAGUGAUGAUUAUUUAAUAAAAAAUAUAUUGAUGUGUUUUAA